AUGUAUGCGAUACAUACUACGACCCUGGAGGUGACGAUCUGGUCUACAUCAAACGCCGACAAGCCGACGGGCCAGGUCUCGUCCGGCUUCAUCACGCUCGACGGACACCUUGUUCGCGGCCUACGGCUGAGCAUAAUGCAGGGCAUCUACGAGGGCGACGACGUCAAGGAAAUGUGUUUCCUGAGACUUGCUGAGACGUAUGAUAUCUUGAUCGAGUUCGCGCCCGAUGACCCGCCUAGUUUGCUAAAGGGGGCUUAUGGGACGGUUGAUGGCUUGAGCAAUCUGGUGAAGAUGUCGUGGAAGAUUUCGGGCGAGAGGGGAAUUGCUGAGGUGAGUGAGGAAGAUACAGGUGUUGCGGCCAGCUCGCCGGCAUGCGAUCUACCGAGCGAGUUGGUUGAAGCCUUUGUGGAAGACGCGGAAUACCCUCGCUUCACGAGAUUCUCGAUCCUGAAGGAGUCGAAGAAGGAGAAGUGCAAGUACAAGAGGCUGGGUCGUUUUGAUGUCUGGGGUAGGAAUGAUAUCGGUGUGGCUUAA